AUAAUUUUUAAUCUUGAUGUUGACCAAUAGGAGAGAAGCUGACUGUGAAGCCCCGCCCACUUCCGUUUCCCAUUUUAUAACUUCACAUGUGAAGAUCCAGUACCAGCUGCUGGCCCAGAGGAAACGACGAUGGCGAUCAUCAUAGAUUAUUUCCUCGUUUCCGGAUUCGCUGCGAGAUGGCGCAGCGUGUGACCUCUGACCUGCAUCAUGUGGAUCUGUUAGUCCUGCCGUGGACGUGGACUGCUGGUUGGUUUGUCUGUGGACCUCAUCGGUGAUCCAGGAUGUGUUUGACAGGAACCAGACCCUCAGGAGCAGAAACGCUCGGCGCUGCUGCUCCUCAAACACCGGAGCUGCGAGGACAGAACCAAAGAUGGCGACCUGGUCCUGCUGCAGCUGUGAUCAGGCUGGUCAGCCUGGCAGCUGAACGCAGCUUCUUCCCCGAUGGACUGAAAGUCUGGCUCAGCGGCUGGGGGCGGAGCCUAAGCGACGCUUAUUUUCUGUCUCCUGAGACGCUGCAGGAAGUCAAGCUUCCCAUCAUGUCAAACAUCGAGUGCAACGCCACGUACGGCUGCGUCACGCCCAACAUGAUCUGCGCCGGGCCGGACUUAUGAGAUAAAGGGUUCUGUGACGCAAGUCUGGUUCUGUUCUCCUCUGGGGUCCGGUUCACUCUGCUGCUGGAGACAGACUCGUCUGGAGCGUCGGUGACCUGUCUGACCCGUGUGCGGCUAGCGCUGAGCCUUGGUGGCGCUCAGCGCUAGCCGCUGAGUUCAGGCCGGUGUGGCUAGCUUAGCUCAGCGGUUCGGCCCGGUUCCCUGGAGUCUACAGCCGGGUUUUCUGGUACCGGGUGUGGAUCGACAGCCAGGCCCAUCGGGACCGACCCGGUUACGUCACAUUCUACCAGGCGUCCGGCGUGUCUGCGACCCACUGGGGGUCCGCGGCCCUCGUGUUGGGCCUCCUGCUGGGCGUCUUCCUGGCAGACGGCUGAAAACGGCUGCAGGUGAUUCAUGACCAGAUUCAUUUAAACUUUGUGUAAAAUGCACUGUAAAUAAUCUGAUUCAUCCAA